CUGAAUCAGACCAGUUAUCUGACUGCUAUGCUAGAGUGUGAAACUAACAGAAGAAACUCUGCAUUCAGAAUCAUCACGGACCCAAGGGAAAUGAGCACUGGAGGCAUGAGGCAAAGAAGCUCUCAGGAGCAGGCCAGGGGAGAAGAGGAGACACAAUUACUGAAUGGAGAAGCUGAAGACCUGGAGAAAAUCACUGCCCACAUCCAAUGGAAGAGACACCUGGAGGUGAUGAAGGCAAAGGUACUAGAAGAGGUACACAAUCAGCUGAGUAAUCUCUUGGACAAGACCUUGGAAGAAGCAGCUCAUUCCAGACCCCAGCAAUUGAGUGUGGUCCCAGCAAGGAAGCAAAGCAGGUGGAAGAGAGAGAAGAGUCAGCUACUGAAGAAGAAAGUCUUUGUCCCUCAACGGUCCUUGUUGGACACGUUACUGGAGGUGGAACAUUUCCGCACAAUCCAUCACAUAUUUGUGGCCAUGCUCUGUAUCUUUGUCCUCAAGCAAAUCAUUGUGGAUUCCAUCGAUGAAGGAUGUUUUGUUUUGGAUUUCGAGCUCUUUAUCAUUGGCUUUCAACAGCUGCCCACAGCACUCUUUGCCUGGCUCUGCAUGUUCCUCUACACCUUAUUUGUGCCCUACCAGGCCCUGCAAAUAUGGUCAGGCUGCUUGAAGAUGACCAGGUUCCCCAACCUCUUGACGGUCACCUUGGUGUUGCUGGUGCUACUCUGCCACACUGCAGUGCUGGGCUUCUUCCCUGUCUAUGUUGUUGUCUACUGUAAUUUGGGAAUUGCCUCCCGUAUUAUUGUCCUCUUUGAGCAGGUCCGGUUCCUAAUGAAAAGCUACUCAUUUCUGCGAGAAUCAAUGCCUCCCCUACUCUAUGCCAGGAACCAAGUUGGGAAGAUAAGCCCUCCUGAAUUCUCAACCUACUUGUAUUUUCUCUUCUGCCCUACUUUGAUCUACAGAAAGAGCUAUCCAAGAGAUCCAUACAUCCGCUGGAGUUACGUCAUCCAAAAACUGGUUGAGUUUCUGGGGUGUGUAUAUUUUAUGAAUUUCCUUCUGAAAUACUACUUCAUCCCUAACUUCAGCAACAUGCAUAAGCAUCCCUUCACCAUCAAAAUCCUGCUGGUUUCCAUCUUUGAUUCAGUAAUACCCGCGAUAUCUUUUCAAGUCAUGAUCUUCUAUUUCUUCCUGGACUGCUGGCCAAACGUAUUUGCUGAGAUCCUGCGCUUUGCAGACCGUUCUUUCUACAAGGACUGGUGGAAUUCCACAUCAUUCUCUGCAUUCUUUCGGUUACUGAAUGUGAUCGUACACGAUUGGCUGUACUGCUAUAUUUAUCAAGAUUUUCUGUGGCUGAUUGGAGGGAGAGCCCGAGGCGGAGUUAUGCUCAUUGUCUUCCUUUUGUCAGCGGCUUCCCAUGAAUACAUGUUCACCUUGGCCUUUGGCUUCUUCUAUCCUCUCAUGUUUGUGCUUUUUGCCAUGACUGGAGUGUUCUUUAACUUUGUUCUCAAUGAUAAGAGAAAAGGCCCUGUCUGGAACACCAUCAUAUGGAUAUGCCUCCUUUUGGGUGUAGCGAUUUUUUUGUCCUUAUACAGCUACGAGUUCUUUGCGCAGGUCCACUGUCCACUCAAAGAGAAGACCUUCUGGGGGCUAGUGACUCCACGUUCCUGGUCUUGCCACCCAUAAGCAACUAUUUCCAGCUGAACCCCAGCCUUCUGCUUUGCUUCCAAAAUGAUAUACAACAAAGAUAUACAUGACUCUGCUGCUACGACAACAAGGACUCUCAGCACAUCGUGCGUUUCCUCCACUCCCUCCAUGGAAAGCUGUAUUUGGAAAUUCCUUACCUGAGGGUGCUAAAAUUUGGUUUGAGGGUUCAAAGGCUCUCAUCUAGUGGAGGCAGAACAUCUACAAAGAUCCCUGCUGUGUCAAGUUCAUGGGGCUUCUUAGGGCUCAAAUUCCAGGGGGAAAGGGCUCAGGAAAAUUUAUAAAUGACAAUCUUUGUUUGCCACCAAGACUUACAAAAUCAUCUGCCUUUCUUAACCUACUUAAAAAAACAUGAGAGCUCCAUCUUGAAAUGUAGUUAUCCCACCUCCCAGAGUUUAAUCCAAACUCUGUUGGGUUUAGAUCAACAGGCAGCUUUCCAGAUACAGGUGAAAUCCAGCUCCCAGCAGAUCCACGAUGGGAGUUAGAGUUCAACAAUAUCAGAAUUACUGCUUAUAUUUCCUACUUUUAGAUUUUCAUUCAACAUUUUGUCUCCAGCAGUGCAAGAAGGGAACCUGAAUUACAACC